CGCGACGAUCAGUCUCCCUCGCGUCGCGCGUCACUUCGAUAGCAUUCGCACCAGGUAAUCUAUAGCGCGAAUAAGAUCCAGCUACGAAGUUUUUCUAAACUCAUCGUUUCAUGUUGAUCAACAAUUUCUCAUAGUUAUCCAGAGAUCUUCUAAAUCGUGCUCGAGAACACUUGAAGAAGCGAGAGCACGCAAAUUUCCCAUGCAAAAUCAAGUUUUGCAGAGAGUGACAAAUUGAUGAAAAUUGUGCAAAUCCAAUUUCUAUCUAUGAAAUAUCGAGUGCAGCAAGAUUCGCAGAAUAAGUUACGCGAACGAUAAAACUUCUUCGAGUAUUUUCUAAUAGUAGGUCAAGAUUCAAACUAACUCUCUCGAUUGCACGGCGAUACAGCGAAACCGGAAGAGUACCAUUUUUCCGGUGCGAACAGUUCUCCACUGUUCUCCAGUCUCUUCCUCGGUACAGUCAGGGCUAUUAUUGCAGUGAGGUCUAAAUAUAGAUAAGAACGCGCGUGAUCUCUUGACGUAAAUCGCAUUGCUCUUUUUAUUCCAAUUCAACGUGCCGCCGAGAUCGGAGCGCUAUCGAAGGUUUUCGCAUCAUGAAAAAACUCGUAUUACGAAUUCUUCUUGCAUCUUGUGUUUUAGAAUUAACGAGAGCCGAUACCAGCAAAUUGUCAAAGCCAGAAUACAACUAUAAUGGCGCCAAAAGAUCGUACUGCCCCGUGAAUGCUUACCUCGAAAAUCAACCGGUUAAUCGAUAUGACAGUUCUUUGCGAUUGAGACAACUGAGAUCUGAGAUGAUUCGCGUAGCGGCAGUUCAAGGGCCAGCACUCGAUGGUUACAUCGUUACUUCGUAUGACGAGCAUCAAAGCGAAAUUGUGGAUCCGCGUGAUAUGAGAAGAGAGUUUCUUACUGGAUUUUAUGGAAGUUCUGGAGAAGCUUUAGUCACUAUAGACAAGGCAAUACUUUGGACUGAUGGCCGAUAUCAUAUUCAAGCUGACCAUCAGCUGGACUGCAACUGGAGUUUAAUGAAGCAAGAUGAAUCCGACGUACCUGGAAUAACAGAAUGGUUAAUACACGAGUUUCGAAAUCGAUCGGAAAUACGUAUCGGUGCUAAUCCAAAACUAAUAUCUGCGUUUAUAUGGGAAAUAUGGGAAAGCGAAUUAGCGAAUUCAUCCAUAAGAUUGGUCGCAGUCCAUAACGACUUGGUGGACUUGAUCUGGCAGGUGGGCCGACCUGAAUACAAUCCGCAUGCAGCGUAUCCAUUGGCGGACCAGUAUUCCGGUAAACCAUGGCAAGAGAAAAUUCGGAGUGUCCGGCUGGAAAUGGAAUUCUCGUCGGCCGACGCGCUUAUCGUCACCGCUCUGGAUGAGAUAGCAUGGCUCUUCAACAUUCGCGGCUACGACUUACCAUACACGCCCGUUCUAAGAGCCUACGCGAUCGUCACUCAUGGAUCCCUGCACCUCUAUGCGCCGCGACAUAAAAUCCUGCGGUCCGUCGACAUACAUCUGAAAAGCGACUCCUGCUUCCAUGCGGACUGCGUCAAAUUGCACAAUUACACAGCCAUUUGGUAUGAUUUAAAGACCAUGUCCCAAGCCUGGAAUACAGUGUGGCUUCCAUCACUUUAUGUCUAUACGUUGGGUGCGUCCAAAGAAAUAUACAAUUCUAUUCCACCAGAAAAGAGAUUGGCUAAGCCUUCCCCUGUAAUCGAUCUACGAGCGGAAAAAAACAAAAUCGAAAUAGCAGGUAUGAGAAGAUCUCAUCUGAGGGAUGCAGUGGCUAUGUGCGAUUUCUUAGCUUACAUGGAAGAACAAUAUGAAUUGGAUUCCGAAGGAUGGGAUGAGAUGCAAGUGGCAAGGGUGGCCAAUGAAUUCCGUUACGAACAAAAUAGCAACAGGGGUAUUGCUUUCCCGACGAUUGCGGGAUAUGGUUCGCACGCCGCUUUACCGCAUUAUGAGCCAAUUAACUUGACUAAUGUUAAAAUCGGAACCACGUCCACACUAGUGGUUGAUUCCGGAGGACAAUACUUGGAUGGUACCACUGAUGUGACAAGGACUCUACAUUUCGGAAUGCCGACUGACGAGCAGAAAAAAGCCUAUACAAGAGUGUUGAUCGGUUCGAUCGAAUUAUCGUCUUUGAUCUUCCCUGACGAUCUGACGACAGAUCAAUUGGACGUUAUUGUACGGAGACCAUUGUGGAGUACCGGUUACAAUUACAUGCAUGGGACUGGUCACGGAAUUGGUCAUUUCUCUUCAGUUCACGAAUCGCCUAUCCUUAUAGCAUAUAAAUGCAAAAAUUUAGUAAUAGGAUGUUCUCUUAAAUUGAAACCAGGAUUCUUCCUAUCAAACGAACCGGGAUACUACAAAGAAGGCGAUUUUGGAAUUCGUUUAGAAAAUAUACUUGAAGUGAUUCCGGCUAAUAAAUUGAGUCAUAAUGGGCAAAAAUUCCUCAAAUUCAAAGACAUUACUCUGGUUCCUUAUGAACCGAAACUUAUUGACAUCAAUAUGCUAACUCCAUUGCAUCGACGUUGGCUAAAUAAUUACAAUAAACGUAUACGGGAAGAAGUUGGCGCAGAAUUGAAAAAAACAUUAAAAAUGAAAGCAUUUUACUGGAUGAUGGAGAAGACUAUGACCAUUCCAGAAACAAGUUUAGGUAUGCAGGACUUUUUUCCUGAUUAUUCUCACUCGAUGCCGUCUACCACUAGGCAAUUCCAUGUCUUGGUUGUGAUCGUUUCAGUUUAUCAUAUCAUAGCAAAUUGCAUAAGAAUGUGUAAUUAAUUUGGAAAGCACAUUACUUUUUUAAUAUUUUAACAUGCGCGCGCGUGUGAAACUUU